AUGUCGGAGUUCGAACUUAUGAGUGAACUGAGUGAAAGCGCAGCAAAGGGUGCGCUCAGCGAACAGGCAGAAGAUGGUCAUCGUACCUACUCUCCUGGGCCUGAAGAGGAAGAAAACCCUGAUGCAGCAGGGCGUGAAGGCGCGGCAAAAGAUGGAUUGGAUGCUCAUGCUGAAGAGGCCUCCCCAGCGCCAUCACCUGCAGGUGAAUCGGAUGAAAAGGCCAGCAAAUCUGAGCAUGAAAGUGAGGCAAAGGAAGGGUCGGAUGGCCGUGCUGAAGAGGCCUCCCCAGCGCCAUCACCUGCAGGUGAAUCGGAUGAAAAGGCCAGCAAAUCUGAGCAUGAAAGUGAAGUGAAGGAAGGGUCGGAUGGCCGUGCUGAAGAGGCCUCCCCAGCGCCAUCACCUGCAGGUGAAUCGGAUGAAAAGGCCAGCAAAUCUGAGCAUGAAAGUGAAGUGAAGGAAGGGUCGGAUGGCCGUGCUGAGGAAGCUUCCCCAGCGCCAUCACCUGCAGGUGAAUCGGAUGAAAAGGCCAGCAAAUCUGAGCAUGAAAGUGAAGUGAAGGAAGGGUCGGAUGGCCGUGCUGAAGAGGCCUCCCCAGCGCCAUCACCUGCAGGUGAAUCGGAUGAAAAGGCCAGCAAAUCUGAGCAUGAAAGUGAAGUGAAGGAAGGGUCGGAUGACCGUGCUGAGGAAGCUUCCCCAGCGCCAUCACCUGCAGGUGAAUCGGAUGAAAAGGCCAGCAAAUCUGAGCAUGAGAGUGAGGCAAAGGAAGGGUCGGAUGGCCGUGCUGAGGAAGCUUCCCCAGCGCCAUCACCUGCAGGUGAAUCGGAUGAAAAGGCCAGCAAAUCUGAGCGGGAAAGCGGGACCGCUGACGGGUCAAGCGGUCGUCCUGAAGAAGUUUCCCAUGCGUUUUCACCUAAUAGGGAAUUGGAGGACAAGGCCAAUAAAUCGGGAGGCGAGAGUGUGACCAAGGGCUCGGAUGGCCGCCCCGAAGAUAUUUCUCAUCCGUUUUCACCUAAUAGGGAAUUGGAAGAAAAAGCCAAUAAAUCGGAAGGCGAGAGUGUAACCAAAGAUGGAUCGGAUGGUCAUGCUGAAGAAACGUCUCCAGUGCAGUCACCUGAAGGAGAGGUAGGCGAAAGGUCUGCCGGGGCAGGAUCUGAUCAUGAGAAACAGAAAGGCGAAUCAUGUUUCGAUGACCGUGACACUGGCAAUGAUCAAGCUGUUGACCGCAAUGCUCACGAUGCAGCGCCCCAUUUGGACGACAAACACACCAAUGGGGCCGCUGCAGAUGCUACCGAUGCACCACGCCACACUCAAGAGGUCAACGACCUGUUCAAGCCUCGAAUGACACCUUACAAACAGCCUGACCGUUGGGAUCCCAUUGAAACCUAUCUGGGAGAGGAUGUCAGUGAUGAGUUGGAGAUCACCACGGCACGUAAGCCCGUUUUCACCGAUGAGGAGAAAGCUGACGUGCCAACCUUUAAGAAUGGCGAACCAGACUAUGAGGGUGAGUACCUUUCAUGUUUCGAUGAGCCUAAUCUGCUGUACCGUAUUUACAAUCGUGAGGAGAAGACGUGGGCCUUCUACAACGACACAUACAGCUAUGAGAUGCAUGUACGAUUCACCUUUGCUAAACUCUCAAAACUUCAGGCACUGGGGAACACGAAGAUGUACACUCAAGAGACAGGUGAGCAUAUUGCGGAAGUCAUUGUAUAUCCUCGGGAGACCGAGAUGUUCGUCAAGGGAAAUGCUAAUGGCUUUACAAGCAAGCUUCGAGCAGUCCCUCUAACGGAGGAGUACUACGCCCGGCGGCAAGAAUUGGCAAACAACAAGAUUCAAGAAGAAAUCGCUCGCGUCAAAAGUAUCGUUGGCGAUGUAACAGAUUCGGAGCAGGUUCUCAAGGCCUGUGUUGAAAAUGGCAUCCCUUUUGUUGACCUUGAGUUUCCACCAUGUCAAGACUCUUUGGCGACCGGUGCAAAAAAGCCGUUCAAACGCCUUCCAUGGGUUCGUCCUUCGCAAUGCCUCCCCGAUUACAUGGCUGAUCAGGUGCGCCUCUUCCGAGGACCAAUUCGACCUGGCCAGGUGGACCAAGGAGAACUGGGUGACAGUUGGGUCAUGUGCUCUAUAGCGGUGCUGACGGAGCGACCAGACAAGGUCGUCAACAUGUUUCGUCACCCAACUGACCCAGAAUUGGGUAAGAAGGAGCGUUCUGUGGGCGGUUACCGCGUAUCUCUCAACAAGAAUGGGCAAUGGCGCAGCGUGAUUGUGGAUGACUAUCUUCCCAUGUCUGGUGGCAGGCUAAAAUAUGCAAAAAGCAGAUACGACCUCGCGGAAAUAUGGCCAUGCAUUCUGGAGAAAGCCUUCGCCAAGCUGCAUAAUAGUUAUGCCAAUAUCUGCUCCGGUGAUCCUCUCCACGCCCUCCAAGAUAUGACUGGUUUCCCGACCUCCAGGUUUGACGACGCCUUUGCCAACGCUCCCUUGUCUGGGAAGGACGAUCUGUUCCAGGACUGGGUGAGGUAUGUGAAGGCACAGUACCAGAUUAUCUUAAGCACACCUGGAAAGAAUCCAAGAGACAAAGCUUCCGGCGAAUGCCACACAGCAAGGCGGUACACAAGCGUGGGUCUCCUUACAGGUCAUGCGUAUGUGGUUCUCGAUGCAGCAUUCUUCCCCGAGUAUGAGUUACGUUUGGUAAAGCUGCGUAAUGCCUGGGGUCGUGGGUCGGAGUGGAACGGCGACUGGUCUGACGGCGACGAAAAGUGGGAACGGUAUCCAGAUGUGGCGGUGAAGUGCGGUUACAGCAAUGGUGAGAGCGAUGGCACGUUCUGGAUGGCGUGGGAUGCAUGCUUGCGCUACUUUAACGGCGGGGGCGUGUGCUUCACGAGGAACUCAAUCAACGAUUACCGUGUACCCUCCACGUUUGUAAACUGUACGCCUUCCUGUGUCCUUGAAAUAACUGUUGAGCAGCCCACGUGGAUGUGCUUUAUGCUCUCUCAGAAGGAUAAACGCGGCUCCCCUGAGGCCCGUGAGUACAACCCCGUCAUGAUCAGCAUCGCGCAACCCAUUGGGGGCGGAUUGUACAGGGUAGUGCAGAACAGCUCCGCUGACGCCUAUCAUCCGCUUAGCGACAAGUGGACUUUCUACCAGGCUCGUGAUAUCAGCAUCCUAUACGAAUUGUUGCCAGAAUCCUCACCGUACAUUGUGAUACCCCGCUUAAUGUUAGUGGAAUCGCAGCCUGAUGAGGUACCUUACACAUUGAGUUUCUCCUGCAAGCGUGCUGUUGGUCACGAAGGCGUGACUGUGCAGCUGAAGACCAUCGAUAAGGACAACAAGGUUCUCUACAACUUCCCCAAGUUUGAGCCCGACCUCAGCUCUACUGAUGUGGAGUACCAAGCACGGGUUGCUCACAAGCCGUUUCCUGAGCUGAAGGUGGACUCCUCCGUGUGCUGA